AUGGCGCCAUCGCCAACUCCACUCCUCCUGCAAACUUCUUCCUUUCCCACUGCUGCUACUACUACAGCUACAGCUACAACGGCUACAGCUGCUAGGCCACCUCCUACACUGGACAUCUUCCCAGCUUGGCCUAUGAGGUCUCUUCACGCACCCAAGGAGUGCUCGAAUGUGACAGCAGACAGCACAGACGACUCAGAGAGCAGCAGCAAGAACAACAGCAACCACUCCUCAGAUCAACUCGGAGCAGCAGCAAACAUGGCGAGCCAGUUCGAGCAAGCUUCACCGCAGCAGCAACUUCAGCACAAGAAUAUGGCUACAAGUUCCACUCCAAGAACUGGGAAGGCUCUUGAUCCAAAGGUGAUCAGAAGGCUGGCUCAGAAUCGCGAAGCUGCACGCAAAAGCCGGCUGCGAAAGAAGGCUUACAUUCAGCAGCUUGAGAGCUGUAAGCUGAAGCUUUCUCAGAUGGAACAGGACAUGCAGCGAGCCCGUUCCCAGGGCCUCUUUCUUGGAGGUGCUCCAGGUGCAAACACCAGUUCAGGCGCCGCCAUGUUCGACGUGGAGUACGCCAGGUGGCUGGACGACCACAGCCGGCGCCUGGCCGAGCUGAACGGAGCUCUGCACGCACACCUGGCAGAUGGUGACCUCAGAGCCAUCGUCGACGACGCCCUGACUCACCAUGACGAGCUGUUCCAGCUCAAGGCCAUGGCGGCCAAGUCCGACGUGUUCCAUCUCAUCACCGGGGUGUGGACGACCCCUGCUGAGCGGUGCUUCCUCUGGAUGGGUGGAUUCAGGCCCUCUGAUCUGCUCAAGACACUGCUGCCCCAGCUAGAUCCACUGACAGAGCAGCAAGUAGUCAGCAUAUGCAACCUUCAACAGUCAUCACAGCAGGCAGAGGAAGCUCUCUCGCAGGGCUUGGAACAGCUGCAUCAGUCACUAGCUGACACCAUGUCUGGUGGAUCUCUGAUUGACGAAGCCAACAUGAGCUUCAUGAGUCAAAUGGCUCUUGCCCUCAGCAAGCUGGCCAACCUUGAAGGUUUUGUGAUACAGGCUGAUAACUUGAGGCAACAGACUCUUCAUCAGAUGCACCGUAUUCUGACAGUUCGGCAGGCAGCUCGAUGUUUCUUGGCAAUUGGCGAGUACCACAACCGCCUUCGUGCCUUAAGCUCCCUCUGGGCUUCUCGACCUCGAGAGAUACUGGUGAACGAUGAAGGGAAUUGUGAGGAGAUAAGCAUUGCAGCACAACCAUCCCAAAGCCAAUUUUCAUCCUUCUGA